AGACGAAGGCCCUCCAUGACUUAUACAUGGAGUUAGCCAAAACGAAGGCGAAGGUCGAUAUGCCCACCUUCAACACAUUGCGAACCGUGAUUUUGGAUGCCGUGUACGAGGAUGUCAAAACGGCGGUGCAACCCCUGAUCGACCAGUGGGACAUCUCGGGAUGCACUCUAAUCACGGAUGGCACAACCGAUCGCAAGUGGCGGCCAGUUUUGAACUUCAUUGGCGCAGGGGCCGGUGGAGCUGUGUUGCUAAAGGUAGUCGACAUGUCCCAUAGGAAGUCCAACGCCGCUGCGAUUGCAAAGCUGUGGGAGGAGGUUAUCAGGGAGAUCGGGGUGCACAGGGUGAACGCAAUUUGCACGGACAACGCUGGCGUCAACAAACGAGCGGCGAGGAUCUUAUCACGGAGUAGAGAUCCAGAUAUUGCGAAGAUCCCUUGGGUGCCGUGCGCCGCCCACACACUCAGCUUGUUGCUCAAGGACAAGGCGAAACUGCCAUGGAUAAGCAAGAUAGUGAAGAGGGCGAAGAUGAUGGUAAAGUUCAUCAAGAACCACCAUCGCACUGUGUUUUUGUUCUCUGCGUGCUCUUUGGAGGAGAAGAAGACACUGGUCAUGCCCACGGAGGUGAGGUUUGCGUCAACGUUUGAGAUGUUGAACAGAUUGCAUGAUAGGCGGGGUGUGUUGGAGGAGAUGAUGGACAAGGGAUGGAAGAACAUCCAUUGGAGCUCGAGGGAACUUCGGGAAAAAGCAGACAAGAUCUACCACACUAUCCGAUCGAGUCGGUGGUGGGAGGAGGUAUAUCGGAUUGUCCUUCUUAUGCRGCCGGUCAACGAGCUCCUCMGGMGGAUGGACYGCGAUGGUGUGGCRCCUUCAUCUCUGUGGGGGUUUGACGAGAUUCUCCGAGGUCGCUUGCGGAGCAUCGGUGGCAUCACAAAGGAGCAGCAACAAGAGAUCAUGAAGAUUGUUAAUGACCGCUGCAAGAUGAUGAGGCAGCCGGUGCACGCUGCAAAUUUCUUGAUGUCCCCGACAAGAAGGGACCCGCGUUGGGUGUUGGACAAGAACACCCCCCUUGUUCACAACGCCAUUCAACAUCUGAUGUCGCAGCUCGGGGGAGACAGAUGGGAGGCUCCAUCACCGAAUAAUGAUCCGAUUCUCCCCGGCCCUUUGGUGGAGGACGAGGAGGAGUUGAGGAGGCAAUCCAACUUGAGGAAGACUCCGAAGGGGAGGAUUCCAGUUGGAGGGGGUUUGGAGGACUCGGACACGGAGUCAAGCGACGAAGAGAUCAUAUGGAGUGGAAAACCGUGCGAAACGAAAGCUUCGCUGCCAAGAUCAGCAAAAGGGAAGGAUGUUGUCGACCUUGAGAAUGUUGAGUCGGAGGAGGACGACGAGGACGUGGACGAAGAUGGAGAUGGGGAAGAGGAGGACGCGGAAUAUGACCCUGACUUCGUUGACCUUCCACCAACACAUCACAGCGACGAAGAAAACAAUGCGGUGUUUGAAGACGGGAGCGAUUUGGAGUGCUGGACCGCAGAGCAGCAGUCAUGUGCGCUGCCAUCAACCUCCCGUGACAAUGCUGACAGGGCUGCAGCAAAAGCCUUGGCAGAGGGACGAGACCGGCUUCUUGUGCAACAACGCAUUCGGGAGGAAGAAGCGCGCCGUGAGGCUGCCCCCUUUCGUUCGAGAGCACGUCUUCCCCUACAACCACCGCUUGUACGAGACAUGCUUGUUAACGAGCAGCAGCAGCAAGAGCCGUCGCAGCAGCAGGAGAUGAGGGCGCAGCAGCAGCAGGAGCCAGAGUUCACUGCGCAGCAGCAGCAACCCGUGCAUGUGGAGCAGCAGCACAAGCAAGUUGUUGAGUGUGAACAUUCGACGCAGGUGGACGCGCGGGAUAGAGGGGUGGAGGUCCACCAACAACCUGCCCAGCAGCAACAGCAAUCCGUCGUGCAGCAAGAGCAGCAGCAGCAACAACCUGUCCUGCAGCAGCAGCAGAAGCAGCCUGUCGAGCAGCAACGGCAGCAGCAUGUCGAGCAGCAGCAGCAGCAGCAACACCAGCAACAACCAGUCCAGCAGCAGCAGCAGCAGCCUGUCCAGCAGCAGCACCAGCACCAGCAGCAAGAGCGGGAAGAACAUGUCCAGCAGCAACCUGUGCAUCCCCAGCAGCAGCAAGCGGUCACCGCAGAGCAACGGCACGUACACGACACGGCCCAGAUUUUGCUCGGGAAGGGGGGGGCACAACAGCAAGAGCACACGGAGCGACAAGCAAUGCAGCAGCACGUCGAGGUUCAGCAGGCGGUGCCGCAGGAGCGUGUGUGCCCUCCACCGCCAUUGCCAGAGCUGGAUAUGAAUCUUGUCCACAACAACAUUGAUGUAAGCAGGGCGGGCAGGAAGAGGAAGACGAUUAUAGAACCCCCCCUAGCUCCAUUGGUGAAGCGUGGUAGAGGCAGACCCAGAAAGGGAGAGGGAGAAUCUGCACCCCUGCCACCUCGCCCCCCCACGGGAAGGCCGAAGCGCGCACAAACGGGAAAGGCGACGACCACGCGGCGUUGGCAGGUCCUUGAGGAUGAUCCCACUGGAACAGAGGAUGGUAGUGAGGAAGAGGGGGGUCGGGAAGAAGACCCGGACUGGGAGUAGGCGAGAGAGAGAGAGAGAGAGAGAGAGAGAGAGAGAGAGAGAGAGAGAGAGAGAGAGAGAGAGAG